AGGCGCUGUGGCGGCUUGGCCUGCUUCCUCUCUGCCCCUCGCUCCGCUCUCUCGUUGCUCCGGGUUCGGACAUGGCGCUGUCUAUGGGCGAAGGGGCUGCGGGCGGCGGCGGCGGCGGGAGCCGUCUGAGGCGGCAGCUGGAGUCCGGCAGCUACGCGGCGGAGGAGUACGUGAAGCAGCUGUCUCAGCAGUCGGACGGCGACCGGGACUUGCAGGAGCACCGGCAGCGCAUCCAGGCGCUGAGCGAGGAGACGGCGCAGAGCCUCAAGCGCAACGUCUACCAGAACUACCGGCAGUUCAUCGAGACGGCGCGCGAGAUCAGCUACCUGGAGAGCGAGAUGUACCAGCUGAGCCACAUCCUCACCGAGCAGAAGGGCAUCAUGGAGGCCGUCACGCAGGCCCUCCUGCAGCAGGCCAGCGCCGCCGAUCGCGACGACCCGGCCCUGGGAGGCGCCCGGCGGGCCGCCGCCGACCCCCACACCAACCCCUUCCUGGCCCUCUCGGCCAAAGACAACGCUGCCAGCGAGGAGGGCCGCCAGCGCACCCUCACCACUCUCCUGGAGAAGGUGGAGGGCUGCCGCGACCUGCUGCCGGAGAGCCCCGGAAAGUACUUGGUCUACAACGGGGACCUCGUGGAGUAUGAUGCUGACCACAUGGUGCAGGUCCAGAGGGUACAUGCCUUCCUCAUGAACGACUGCCUGCUCGUGGCGGCAUGGCUCCCCAACCGGCGUGGCGCGUACCGGUACGAUGCCCUUUACCCGCUGGAUGGGCUGGCGGUGGUCAACGUCAAGGACAACCCGCCCAUGAAGGACAUGUUCAAGCUGCUCAUGUUCCCUGAGAGCCGUAUCUUCCAAGCGGAGAACGCCAAGAUAAAGAAAGAAUGGCUGGAAGUGUUGGAGGAGACCAAGAGGAAUCGGGUCCUCAGUGAGAAGCGGCGGCUGGAGCAGGAGGCCCCAGUGCGAGCCCCUCCCCCCUCCCCUCCAGAAGCCACCAAUCCUUUUGAGGAGGAGGAUGAAGAGGAGGCAACACCAGAGGAAGAAGUGGUGGAUUUGUCCCUAGAAUGGAUUCAGGAGCUGCCCGAGGAUCUGGAUGUCUGCAUCGCUCAGAGAGACUUUGAAGGGGCUGUUGAUUUGCUAGAUAAACUGAAUGAGUACCUGGGAGAUAAGCCUGUGACCCAGCCAGUCAGGGAACUACGAACAAAAGUGGACGAAAGAGUCCGACAGCUCACGGAUGUGCUUGUGUUUGAACUUUCUCCAGAUAGGUCUCUACGGGGUGGGCCUAGAGCUACACGCCGAGCGGUUUCUCAGCUCAUCCGCUUGGGUCAAUCAACCAAAGCAUGUGAACUUUUCUUGAGGAACAGGGAAGCUGCAGUACACACAGCCAUCCGCCAGUUGCGCAUUGAAGGUGCCACUCUGCUGUAUAUUCACAAGCUCUGCCAUGUCUUCUUUACCAGCCUGUUAGAGACUGCAAGGGAGUUUGAGACAGACUUUGCAGGCAACAGUGGAUGCUAUUCUGCCUUUGUUGUCUGGGCCCGAUCUGCUAUGCGGAUGUUUGUGGAUGCGUUUAGCAAGCAGGUGUUUGACAGUAAGGAGAGCUUAUCCACUGCUGCCGAGUGUGUGAAGGUGGCAAAGGAACACUGCAAGCAGCUCAGUGAGAUUGGUUUGGAUCUGACCUUCAUCAUUCAUACCCUGCUAGUGAAGGAUAUCAAAGGGGCUUUGCAGAGCUACAAAGAUAUCAUAAUGGAGGCUACAAAACAUCGUAACUCUGAAGAGAUGUGGAGGAGAAUGAACUUGAUGACCCCUGAAGCUUUAGGAAAACUUAGAGAGGAGAUGAAGAGCUGUGGUGUGACCAAUUUUGAUCAGUACACUGGUGAUGACUGCUGGGUAAAUCUUAGCUAUACUGUUGUGGCUUUCACCAAACAGACCAUGACCUUCUUGGAGGAAGCUCUCAAACUGUACUUCCCAGAGCUGCAUAUGGUUCUGCUGGAAAGUCUGGUGGAGAUAAUCCUUGUGGCCGUCCAGCAUGUUGAUUACAGUUUACGCUGUGAACAGGACCCUGAGAAGAAAGCAUUCAUCAGGCAGAAUGCAUCUUUCCUUCACGAAAUUGUCCUUCCUGUUGUAGAGAAGAGGUUUGAGGAAGGAGUAGGGAAACCGGCUAAGCAGCUGCAAGAUCUGAGGAAUACUUCAAAACUGGUGCGUGUUAAUCCUGAAAGUACUACCUCUGUAGUGUGAAAUGUAAUCCCUCAUUAUUUUACUAUAACAUGUCAUGUAUACAUGUGCACAUUUUCAAACAUACAUUAACAUUCCCUUUAACUAAUUAUGCCCUGCAAAAAAAUCAAAAAUCAAAGACAAAGGGAGAAGAGUUCAAGCAAGUACUUUAGUAGAGGAGCCACACCUAGGUCUGGUUGUGGCAUUUAGAUAAAGGAGCUCAUCUAGUGUCAAAGUGUGUUUUGGCCCAAAGGCUAAUGAACUAUUUAAAUAUAAUUACCGGUAGUAUGAUCAAGAAUAGCUUCUGAUAAGUAUUUUACAGAAGUAUAAAUGAUGAGAUACACCUAGUGCUUCUAUUAUAUUGACCUUCAGAAAAAGAAGAAUCUGUUUGAGAAACAAAAAGCAAAUGUGCAGAAUUCCCUCUUUGAUAACUUGAAAAAAGGUUGUAAAAACUACAGCAAAUGCUUCUUUUCAAAAAUUUGUCGCUUAAAAUUCCUCUGAAAAUUAUAACUUGGCAGGAACAUGGAAUUUGCAGUCUUACGUGUAGCAGUUCCUGUGUGCAUUACUGAUUCUUGGUAAUGAUAAAUCUAUAAACGUAAAUGAUGGCAGUCAAAUACAAAUGCUGUCAAAGUCAAAUCCUGUCUCAUUUGUGGCAGGUGAGAAUUGGAUUGAAUGUGCAGUUGCUACACGGACUGUUGUUCCACUUGGGGAUUGUUUUUUUGCAGUUUUGUCACAGCUCCUUGGCAGCCAUAGGGCCAGGUCUGUUACUCAGAUUUCUAUAAAAAACACCACCCAAACCUGCAUUGUUAAAUUAGCUGUGGGAAGUGCUGUGUCAAAAACAUGCACACAAUUCCAUUGUGGCCCUCUAUACAUUUUUUUUGGGGGGGGGGCUUGCCACCAGAGGUGUUAAUUGAAGGAAAGGUGUAUCAUCGAAUCUAGGUUGAUAACUGCUUAUGUAAUCAACAAGAAUAAUGACUUGAAAACAAAUAAAACAGAGAAUAGUUUUACAUGUUGCCAAAUCAGCCCGAUAAAGGGAACCCCUGGAGAAUUCAUGAUGUGAAAAGCUACCAAUUUGUGAUCAAGUGCUGAAGGGUGCAACAGGGGUAAGAAGUGACCUUGUAUAAAUAGCAAGGAGCUUUUGAGUUACCAUAAGUGAAAAUUAGGGUUUGGGGGUAGAGGCACGUGUGCAGUAGACAAUGAAAACCUGUAGGAACUAUAACCAAGGCCUAUUCCUAGCAGGCUUGUCUGUAGCUCUGCACACAGUAUGAUUGUGUAUAAUGUAGGUAGAGGGUUUUAGGUUUUUAUUCUUUUCAAGCAUAGGUAGGUGUUAUGUCUGCAAAUUUAAUACUGCCUAACAUAUUGUGAAAUCCCCACCAUGUUGUACACUGGGGUUGCAUAAUUGACACUGAACCAUAGUUAGUGACACCAGGGGACAUUUUUCCAUGGACUAUAAGAAGAAACAGCUAAUGUUCUUUAAAAAGAUGUAAAAUAAAAGUCUGGAUUGUAUGCUGAAAAGUAUUAAAGGCCUUAAUUCACAAUUGUGGCCUUUGGAGAUCUGUUCCCUCUGGUCUUGAGAACUGGUUUCACCAUAAAAAUGAUAAAGGAAGCAUAAUUGUGAGAGUACCGAUAGUUUGCCCCAGGAAAAAAAGUAAUAGGGAAAAAUUACUUCCUUGCCCAGCAUUGUAGAAAUGUUUGGUCCAAAUAGUUGCUUGAUAUUAUGCAGCUCUGUGCCCUCCAGAUAUUUUAGACUAUAGCUCCCAUCAGUCUCAGCCAGCAUGGCUGUGGUGGCCAGAACAGAUGUGAGUUUAGUCCAAAACAUCUUGAGGGCAUCUGGUUGGAGAAGGGUAGCGCAAUAAUGCAUAGUGUUGUGGGGCAAGUCACAUCUUGCAAGUGGUUUAUUUUGCCUCUUGCUGACAGUGGCUGGAUGGCAACUGGGCUCAGCUGAGUGUGACUCAUGUAGUGCAAUUCAUCUUCCUUUGAUCUCUAAAAGAGUGCGGUGUAGAAAAUGCUUAGUGCAGGGGUGUGAAAUAUGUGGCCCUCUGGAAGUUGUUGAACUACAACUUCCACAAUCCAUUGGUCAUGCUGGCUGGGCCUGGUGUGAUUUGGGAGUCCAAAAUCAUCCGCAGGGCCACACAUUUCCCAUCCCUGCUUGAACAUAUUGUCUAAUAUGCAGUCAUGGUAUAUGGGCAGUUAUGCCAAAGGAUAGUAGGUAUAAUUAUUUGCUCUCUCUUUCUGUGUGUGUGUGUGUGAGACACACAAAACAGCUUUGCAAUCUCCAGUCAUUGUAUGUAUGAUUUUUUUUAAAUACACACAAGAAAAUCCCCCUCAGGACUGUUCAUCCAGCAGACUGAAUAAGCUGCCAUUUAAUUAACAGAGAAACUCCUCAUUGUGUGUUCAGUAGACUGCUGAAGAGGGGCCCACUGAACUAUGUUUCUAGAGCAAUUCUGGGAUUCUGAUGAACAACAAAUAGUCCUGGUGCUUAGUAACUUAGGAUUCUGUUUAUAUCAUGCCUGUGAAUGUAUGGAGGCCAAAUUAUUUAUGAAUGAGAAUAAUGCCUAAACAUGCAGACUGUAUUUGUAUAUUAACACAAAUGACUGGAUUAAAAAAGUGUGCCCUAACAAUC